CGGAAAUCGCGGCCUUUUGAGUUUUUCCUCUAUUUUGCUCGUUCCUAGGUGACAUUCACGUGAUCGUGAUCACACGUGGCAGGGCAAAUUGGCAAUGUUUCGGAUCAGGCUUUUUUUCAGCGCCCACCACUGCACGUACGGCUAUAGGACACCAGACAGAUGCACCAAGUCCUUCUCAUUGACGAAAUUCUUCAAGAAAUAUUUCAUUGGUGCUCUGUUCUGGAGGUCAAUGUCCUAUCUCAAGCAGCCAGAACGUGUCAAGCGUGGAAGGAGCCUGCCCUCGAUGCGCUGUACAGACAACUCCCGUCGGUAGAGCCAUUAUGGUCCCUUUUACCAUCUGUGAAUGGAAGAGAGGAGAUCAUACCUUCAGAUAAACUCCAAGUUUUCCACUCCUACGCUCGGCGCGUCAGACACAUAAGUCACACCACUCGCAGCACCAAAAUUCUUCAAAAUCCAUCGAUGUAUACUGCCCUUUGUGGCAAGAACAGUUACAUAUUCCCUAAUCUAACCACCGUGAAGUUCAGGCUGUCCAAGAGCAGCUCGCAUCCUUCUUUGUGUCUUUCACCUCGACUUCGAGAGCUUCAAUUGGACGUAGGAUUUUCAGCCAAAGAUUCAAGUUCAGAAGGGCUCGAAUAUCUUCGCGAGAUUGCCCUCGUUGCUUGCCACCUACAAAGCCUCACGUUUCGGGGUUUGGUACCGGGCCAGUUUGAUAGUAUAAUUCGGUCCAUGUCGACCCUUCACACCCUCUUGUUACGCACAGGACGAUCGGUCACAGUGGAUGUUAUAACUUCUAUCUCUACGCUACCUCAUCUUAAUUACCUUGAGCUCCAUGCUCAACAUCUGGAGGCGUUCCAAAUCGAGGAUAUCUGGCGCUCUACCUCAGGAUCUUUGCGUUUCCCCGCCUUGCAAAAUUUGCGUCUGCGUUCUACCCCCGACUUCGCCAUCCUCAUUCUCCAAAAGAUGCAAUCGAUCGCAGUCCACACGCUGAGCCUCGAUAUCGAAACUCGUGACCAGAUCACCCCAUUCUGGCUCGCCUUAUUUAAUGUCAUGCAGGAGAGGUUUUCUACCUCCCUGGAACAUGUGUCCAUCAUGCACUAUUUAGAACUAGAUUAUGAUAUACCCUUAGACAUAGACCUCAUAAACACCAUCGACUUCGCUGCAUUACGCUCCCUUGCCCGCUUGCGGGAACUUCGAUAUCUCCACUUUGACACGACAGUACCUAUGGACAUAGGUACCGAGGAUGUCACUCAGAUGGUGGCAUGGUGGCCAAACCUCAGGCAUUUGGAGAUGUGGCCCGAGAGUGUCGUGGAUUGCGACGAGAACUCGCCUCGUAUCAAUUCCGGUUCCGCUAUCAGGCUCACCCUGGAUGUCCUCCCCGUCAUCUCUGCAUCACUCCCAAAAUUAGAAUCUGUCGCCCUCCCAUUAGAUACCUCUGGUAUUACAGAGGAGAUUGUUUCCCGUUUGCAGGUUCCCGGCCACCGGACUUUGCAAGCAAUAUCAUUCUCCUACCCUCAUGCACCCGACACGAAUUUGCUGCCGCUGUAUCUUCGUAAAUUGUUCCCCGCUCUUCGACACGUCAGACGUGCGUCUGGACAUGAUGGGCUGUGGGCAUCGGUGGCUGCUAAAGCAUGCUACCAUACACAAUCUGCUUCGUAAUAGAAUUUCCGCCAUAAAUGACUAUUGUUACUUAGAUGAGGACACAUAUAGAUGCACUAUAUACAAUUCGCUAGACCGUCUUCUGCCAUACAUGUACCUAUUUCUCUAAUACACUGGAUAUACCCAU